CUGAGGAGGAAUGCGCAUCUCGUGUUCAGGGAGUGCAGUGGGUCAAACCUGGGAGACUGUGAUCAAAGAUUUUUUUUUUUUGGAAAAAAACUCAAAUAUUCACCCAGCAAAGCAACGACAAACCAACAAAAGCAAAACGAUAAAGUAACCAAAAAGCAACGGACAUUAAGGAAAUCGAAUCAGUUUAACCAACCAGCAGCCUCGGUAAUUCCCUCACAGAUUUGGAGCAAAGCCCUGGCAGGUUUAUGUGAAGACACUGCCCAGAAGCAGGGUGCCCAACUGUCAUCACUCUGUCUCUCAGCCAUGGGGAAUUUUCAACACCUUCCUGAAGAGGAGAAGAAAUAAUUUAAAGUGAAGUACAGAAGCUUAGUCUUGAACUAAAAGACUGUUGAUCUUGUUUCACGAGGAUUUUUUGCUGAAAGGAUAUAUUUUGAGUCUUCGUGUGCCUUACCCAAAAUCUACCAAAGAGGUAAAUCAGGAGAAAGUUUAAGCAAACAAAAAUGCCACUGUUCAAGUCGCACAAAAGUCCAGCAGACAUUGUGAAAAAUCUCAAAGAGAAUAUGGCAAUGCUGGAGAAGCAGGAUAUUUCAGACAAAAAGGCUGAAAAGGCCUCUGAAGAAGUGUCAAAAUGCCUGCUGACCAUGAAAGAGAUACUAUGUGGUACCAAUGAUAAGGAGCCUCAGACUGAAACAGUUGCACAGUUGGCACAGGAGCUGUACAAUAGUGGAUUGCUGAUAUCAUUAAUUGCACACUUGCAACUGAUAGACUUUGAGGGAAAGAAGGAUGUCACCCAGAUUUUCAACAACAUUUUGCGAAGGCAGAUUGGUACUCGCACUCCAACAGUGGAAUAUAUAUGUUCUCAUGAACAAAUCUUGUUUAUGCUGUUGAAGGGGUAUGAAAUGCCAGAGAUUGCCUUGAAAUGUGGAAUCAUGCUGAGAGAAUGCAUCAGACAUGAACCGCUUGCCAAAAUAAUCCUUUAUUCAGAGCAUUUUAGAGAUUUCUUCAAGUAUGUGGAAAUGUCAACAUUUGACAUUGCCUCAGAUGCCUUUGCUACAUUUAAGGAUUUACUCACUAGACAUAAAGUCAUGUGUGGACAGUUCUUAGAACAGAACUAUGAACUUGUAUUUAAUGACUAUGAGAAGUUGUUGCAUUCAGAAAAUUACGUGACAAAAAGGCAGUCUUUAAAGCUUGUGGGAGAACUGCUUUUGGACAGGCACAACUUUACAAUUAUGACAAGGUAUAUCAGCAAACCUGAAAACCUCAAGCUCAUGAUGAACCUCCUAAGGGACCAAAGUAGGAAUAUUCAAUUUGAGGCUUUUCAUGUAUUCAAGGUUUUUGUGGCAAAUCCCAAUAAAACACAACCUAUUCUGGACAUCCUGUUGAAAAACCAGACCAAACUCAUAGAAUUCCUCAGUCAGUUUCAAGUAGACAGAACAGAUGAUGACCAGUUUAAUGAUGAAAAAUCCUACCUGAUCAAACAAAUCAGGGAUUUGAAAAGACCAGCACCUCAACAGUCGUAACACAUUUGGUUAGAAGCAGCAUCGAUGGAUGGAGCUUAAACUAUUUACCGCACCUGUGUACAAUUUGAUUACAUUUCUUUAUAGGGAAGGGAUUGUGUAGUAACAGUAACUCACUUCUAAUAUUUAUAUGAUAAAACUAAUUUUAUUCAUGCAUAUGUCUUUGAGUGCCUGUAUAUUAGUUUGUUUUUCCUCCUACACCUAUGGCUGUUUGAGUGUUUAGGAGUUUACAUACUUGUAUGGUAGCAGUGAUUCUUUGCCCUGCUUGUUUUAACCUUUUAAGUGACAGUGCCUGGGGUUUUUUAGCGAGCGUUUGAUCAGUUGGCAAUGGCCUUCAUGGCUUUGAUCUUGUUUGCUACUGUAUUACUAUGUAAAUUAGUUUUUUUAUUUUGAGUACGUUUAUCACUAUGGAUAAGGGAAAGUCUGCAGUGCUGUCUGUUCACAAAGGUAAAUGCACAGAGCUUGCUACAUUUUAAAUGAUUCUGACUAGCUUUAAGAAUGGGCUUCCUAAAUCUCAUUGACCUGAUCCUGUUGAGAGUUCCCACCCUGCAUUAGAUUAGAGAUCUAAGGUAUGUAAGCUUGCUUAAUGUCAAGAGCAGACACCCUAAGUCUAUCCAUGUAAACCUACUCAUUUAUAUUGGUACACAAUUUUGAUAGUGAACAGGUCAGCAUAAAGUGGAUAAAGAAUGAUUGGCGAGUUUUUAUGUAGAAAUAUCCCAUCAUUUUUUAUUUGCUUGGAAGGGGUCAAGCUGUAAUUUAAUUUUGUGGUUGCACAUAUUGUUUUUUUUUCCAAAAUGUGUAAUUGUACAUAUGUGGUUGCAUUCAAUAAAUACUUGUUACACUGUAUGGCUGCUCUGAUUGCUCUGAUGGUCAGCUCUUCACAAUCACAAAAACUGCCUAAUUUGAGUACUUUUUAAAUAAAAGAUAUUAAACUUGUGAAAAGCUUAA